AUGUGCCUAUUGAGACUACACCAUGGCCUUGCUGCCAGAUAUUCCUUUAAAUCUAGAGCACAUUUCCAUCGCUACUUUUCCAGCUCUCGCGUCUAUAAUGAGCUGACACCCUUCACCCGCCGACUCUUCAAACUCCCCUCGCCCCCAUCACCACCCUCCCAACAACACAAUGACCUAACUACGUUUCUCUCCUACGCGGAGCAUGAAUCCCUUCCAGUGACAAGCACAGUACACGUUGGAACACAUUACGAGUAUACAGUCCUACAGACCCUACGUCGCUACGCGCUCAACCUUAACCGCAUCGGCGGACGCGACGACGCCGGCAUCGACCUCGUCGGCACAUGGCACCUCCCCGAGCGCGAGCGGGAGCGCGCACUCCGCGUGCUGGUACAAUGCAAGUCUCUCAAGGCUAAGCUGGGCCCUAAUAUUGUCCGCGAGCUAGAGGGAACCUUCAAUCAGGCACCUGUUGGAUGGCGUACGGACCAGACAGUUGGUGUUCUGGUGAGUCCGCGCGAGGCGACUAAGGGUGUUCGUGAUGCAUUGGCUCGCAGCGCGUAUCCGUUGUUCUGGAUGUUGAUUGAGCGCGAUGGGACUUUGAAGCAGGCACUUUGGAAUGCUCGUGCGGAAGAGCUUGGACUUGGGCCUCUACGUGUGGAAACGCGAUAUACUACCUCCACUGAGGAUGCUGAGUCUGGAUCGGUUUCGAAGGAGGUUGUGUUGACUUGGGAUGGGUCUGAUAUUCCUGACAUGGAUCAGGUAGAGCAGAGUCUCACGGAGUUUGCAGAGAAAUGGGUCGCUUCAUGGGGUCUUGACCUGACGGAACCUCAGAAGGGGGAGCUGCUAGAUGCUGCGGAAAGGGUGCUACCGCACGAUAUUUCUGCUCAGCUGGUUGAAAGUGCAAUACCAGAUGCAGACCGGACGAGGGUCUUGCAGGCUCUACAGGAGCGUCUACAACAACAGCCGGCGUUCGAGUGA